AUGGAGAACGAACCUGAUGUCUCACUUUUGAAAAGUGAUGCCCAAGUGGCAUCAAUUGAGGAUCCUAGAAUUUUGCUCCAUGCAAUUGUAGUGGUAGGGGUAAUCGCGCUGAUAGCAAACCAUUUUUCCUCCGUAUAUCCAGUUCGGCCGGCUUUGGUGCAACACAUGGCUGGUUCUUGGAAGGUCUGCGAAUCUGCGCAUAUAUGGAGAACCAGAACUACUUGGAUCGCCGAUGAAUCUCCUUCCACUAUGAAAGAAUCUCCUUCGAUAGCCUGGGAUGUCCUUAAAUUGUUCCAGCAGCAAGAGGCCUAUAACAUGUUUAACGACCAAGCAUACAUAACAGGGGGACUGAAAAAAAUAAUCACUCAACAACUCAAUGCCGAGAGUAGUGAAACCCACCCCAAAAGAAAAGUUUUGGAUAGAUAUGCAAAAACGGAAAGACCUGUGUUCGAUGACUCGGAUUCUGAAGACGAAAACUAA